AUGGCCAAAGCAUACACAGUUGAGAAGUUUGAUUACCACACGACAGAGGUAGAGAAAAUUGAUAAGAGGGUCAACGAUUACUUAAUGAAUGUUGGGUAUGAAAGAUGGUCCAGAGCACAUUCCACUGUCAACAGAACAUUGACGAUGACUUCAAACAUUGCGGGGUCAAUCAAUGCAGUGCACAAGGCUGCUAGGGCACUCCCAGUACUACCUUUGCUAGACUACAUAAGGCAAUUGAUCGGACGAUGGAAUGUUACAAACCUAAAGAAUAUAGUAGAUUCAUUCACUUAUCUUGGAAAAAAAUAUGAUACAAUGCUGAUGGACAAUCUUGAAUUGUCACAUCAGAUGAAGGUGACCCCUUCGACGAGUUACUUAUAUUCAGUACUUGACAAAGUUAAGCAGAGAAUGGUAAUCCUAAAAGAUUGA